AUGGCGAUAGAUGAGACAGUUGAGUUGAUAAAAAAGUUAGAAGUAACUAAAAGCUCCAAGAAACUCAUUGCAAAAUACCUGAAAUCCUUGAAUGAUGAUCGCAUUGAAGAGGUUAGUUUGAUAUUCAAUUUUUGUGUAAAAUUUUAUCUUGAAGGUGACUCAAUUUCUUUAUACAUUACCACUAUUCAUGGAGUCGAAAUGGGAGAUAUUGAAUUCACUCAAACUUGAGGCAUAUGAAGAUUUUAUAUAUGACGAAAUUCUUGCGUGUUCCGAAGAUCUAAAUUGCGCAACAUGGUGUUCAAGUUUAGUUAUUGGAAUGUCGCGAUCUCGAAAUAACAUCGAACGUAUUGCAAAAGUUAUUUAUAACGCUCUCAGUUCACCCUCAAAACCUAAACGAUCAAAUGCGAUGAGAUCUUGGAUUUCUCGAAUGAUAAGUGAUAAAUUGACAAUCUCAACAAUUCAUCAAAUUAUUAAUUUGGCGGAAAAAGAGAUUUUAUACGAAGAAGAAUUUCUCGAGAAUAUCGAAUAUCGAGAACUUAUUGGUGUAACUUGUAUUGAUUUGGAAUGGAAAUCAAAGUUCGAUUUUGAUCCAGUUUCAAGAAGAACUCUUGCUUACUAUGCAUAUUUCAAUAUUUUAUUAUCUACACUCGUAUCAAGAUCACAAAUCAAAUUGGAAGUUAAUGAAAAUAUUUUGGAGUUAGGAAUGCAUUUUGUAGAUUCAGAAGUUCGAUUGUUGAGUUAUUCAGUUGCACGAGCUUUCAAGAUUUAUCCAAAAAGUUUAGAAGAAGGAAUUAUUGAAGAUUUGGAAAAUGAAGAUGUAUUUAAUAUUGCCACAUCGAUGAAAAAUGUUUUCACUGAAAAUGGGAAUUUGGAGAUAUCUCGAGUUAAACAACAGUUAGAUGAAGAGAGAAAAGUAGGUAUAAAGAAUUUUAUAAAAUUACCAAUUCUAAAUUCUUUAGAAAUCUUCUCGAUUUUAUCCGGCUGAAAAGAAAACUGAUAUUAUACCUCUAAAUCUAGGAAAUUAUUCAACAACUUUGGAAUCUGUUGUUGGAUUACUCAAAUUUCAAAGCAACGAUGAAUUUCCAUCAGUUGCCAAAGUUAUGGAAAAUUUCAGAAAUCGAAAUAUCGACGAGAGAUUUUAUGUUGAAAAAAUCAUCGAAGUUCUGAAUUAUUCAUCAAGUCAAGACUGGGAAAUUUUCGAAAUUUCGGAUUUGAUUUUGAGAAUUAUUUCGAGAUGUCCAUUGAGAGCAAUUGUUGAUUAUGGAGGAGAGAUUAUCAGGAAAAAAUGUGUUGAAAAUGAGGAAUUCCGGAUUUCUACCUUCAAUUAUUCUUUGAAUCUUCUUAGGAAAUCUGAAGAGAAUUCUCGAGCUUUAUUUUUUGAAGUAACAUUGAUUGCGACAAUUUUGAAGGAUCAAGAAAAAAUGAAAGAAACUUGGGAAAAUUUGAAAACUUUGGUAAGUUCCCAAAACAUUAAAAUAAUUGAAUCAAAUCAAAUCAAAUUCAGCCAUCGAUUAAAAAGCGAAAAAUGUUUGAAAUGUUAGCAAAUGUUAUUGGAAAUACUUCAACAUCAAUUGCAUUUGAACAACUCAGGGAAAUGUUAUUAUACUCCAUUGGAAUUCUCGAUUCCCCAUGUACCCAAUUAUUCGAAUCAGUUGUAUCAAAACUUCUUGGAACACAACAUGAAACAGAUCGUUGUUAUUUAUUCACACAAAAUGAUGAGAUAUUCGAAUUAUUAGAAGAGAUUCUAUCAAAUUUGAAAAACUUGAAGGACAAAAAAUCGAUUCAUCUCACCUUAUAUUUAUUCUCGAGAUUCGCAAUUGGAAGUCUAUUAUUUUAUUCUGCUCCAAAAGUGUUGAUCAUCCAAAAAAUGACGAAAUUCAUCAAAUUUUGUCUGAAAAAAUUCGAAAAUGAUGAAAUAAUGAAAAGCGCGGCGAUUGACGCUAUUUGCGCAAUUAUCCCAUGGAAUUAUAUCAGAGAUUUGGCUUAUGAGGAAAAUGAAAAUGACAUUGACUUCAAAUAUUUUCAUUACUGGUAAGAAUUUCCUUUGACAAUAUAACUCUAUUUUAAUUAAUUAACAGGGAAAUAUUUCGAGAUGCUGUCAAAAAUCGAGAUUUUGUAAACAAUGAUGCUAUUCUAGACCUUUCUGGCCCUUCAAAUAUUUCAAAAUAUUUUGAAACCGACAAUUUCGCCAAUAUCUCAAUUCAAUCAUUCUCGGAUAAACAUACGGUUGCAUUUCUGAUAGCAAAAAUAUCAAGAAAAGAUUUGUCAAUUGAGAAAAAGAGGGAAUUAUUAUUGUUAUCUUCUCGUUUAUUAGAAGAUUUGGAAGGCGAUGAGAGUUUCGAGGAAUAUAAAAUGGUAUUUUCAUGGUUGUCUAGAGCAUUUUGUUAUUUGGGAAUUAUUGAUUUUCCGAAAAGAUUCAGUGUUUUGAGAAAGGUGAGUGAUUCAGAAAAUUGUAUUGCGAAAUAAUAAUUUUUUCCAGACAAUCACUCAAAAUUUGUUGCAAAUGUAA